GGCUCUUCAAGGGCGACUUCAAGACAUCGUCGGAUCAGGUCCGCGACCCUUUUGACUCAUGCCACUUCGGCUCAGUUCGUGUUCCCUUACAUAAAUGGUCUAAAUACACCUCCGUGCGUCAGACGCUGAAUGGAGAUACCUUCUCUUGGGCACGCCCUUGUUGUCGUGCUACUGGCGUGUACCAUCGAUGGGGCCGAUAUUGCCAUGCUCGGCGCAGCCUUCAAGAUCUUCGAGGAGCAGUUGGGCACGAGCCCAAGCAUACUGGGCCAGGUGGCCUUGGCCCAAUUCACGGGAAUGGCUGCCAUGGCGCCCGUGUGGGGCUAGAUUUGCGACACGCGCUUCGCUUCUAGGCGUCUGCUCUGGACAGCCUGCCUCACUGGGUGGGCCUUCGCCAUGGCUGCCCUGGCGGCAGCGUCUUCUGUGCGGUUGAUCCUGUUGAUAAGGUUUGUCAAUGGCGUCUUCCUUGCGUGCCUGGCGCCACUGACGCAGAGCCGGGCGGCCGAGGCAGUUCCGCUGGCCGUGAGCGGACGGGUGUUUGGCUUCAUGGGCGCCGCUGGCGUCGUUGGCUCAACUGCAACGACAAUGCAAUGCUUGUCACCAGCAUUGGAAGCAGCACCUUCGUGGUUGGUGGUGCCGCCGUCAGCGGCUGGAGGCUAAUUAUUGACGUUUCGCGUAUCCCCACCAGUCCCGCACAACCCCUCCCUCGUCCUCGGCUCUGUGCGAAUUGCUUCCAUGACAUGUUUCAUUGGGGUGAAGAUUAAUACGGAGCAGUGACAAACCCUUUCCCCGAGCAGAGAGAAGACAGAACUCGUUCAACCACCUACGCCCGGAUGGGGCUGGUGGGACUUGCGCGGUGGUCUCCGCUCUCGGCGUGGGUGUCGCGGUCGCCGCGUGCUUCAUCGUGGACGGGGACGGGGAAGGCGAACGUGCGCGCGAGAUUCUCUGCGCAACGCUUACGGAGAGAUUGCAUGCAGCUUGCGAGAGCAUGAGAACAUCUCCUCCUUCCGAAUGAUCGUCUACCAGGGCGUCACUGGCGGCAUCCCGUGGUCAACCCUAGCGUUCAAGAUCAUGUUCUUUCCAUACGUGGGCCUUUCCAGUGGGCAGAUCCCCAAGUACAGCGCCGCCGCUGUCGCUCCCAAGUUUCUGGGCGGCAUGGUGGGCGGAUUCGUGGGGGACAGGGCCGCGCAGGCUUCUCCACGGCACGGCCGGGCGCUGGUGGGGCAGAUCGCCGUGGAACGUCGUCCUCCCAGAGCUGAUCGGGACCAUGUUGUGGUCUUACGUCUUGUGCAAUUGUCUCUUCUGCCUGGUGGCCGGCUGGGCUCUUGCUGGUGACAUCGGGCCCUUCUUCCUGGAGGUGGUGGGGUCAAAGGGCCGGGCCUCCAUCUUCGCUUGGCAGUGCUCGUUAGAGGGCCUCAUCUCCACUCUGCUGGGUGCACCCUUCGUGGGCUUCCUCGCCGAACACUACUUCCGGUACCACCCGACGAAAGAAAGCGUUGCAUCGAUGUCAGCCGAAUUGAGGCAGCAAAACUUCGAAGCGCUGCAGUUGUCGUUGGCAGUGAUGACGACAGUGCCAUGGAUCCUCUGCUUUGCAGCAAUAUCGUGCUUGCACUACUCUUACCUGUACGACGGCACGGGCGUCUCGAAGGGCAAUGCGGAGCUCCUAGACAAGCGACCAGGGCCAUCGGACAACUACAGCAGUACUGUCGAUCAGGUGGGCUGCCAUGGAAUGGCAGGACCCAGUCCUGACCGAUGACGCUCGCGCGGCACUUGCGGCGCUGCACUUGCACGGUCGACGGUGCCCUUGCGGCGCUACACUUGCGGCGCUGCACUUGCGGACAGAGUGAUCGGCGUGGCCAGCGCGCUACACUUGCAGCGGCGCGCCCGCGGCUCGCACAAUGACCGCUGAAUUUUCUUAGUUGUAAGGCUCGCAAGGCUCUGGCCAGAAACAAUCCGAACAAACCCCUUCCGUCGAAUAACGGGCGACAUAUAGGCGCUUCGGGCUGCGCCAGAGGAGCCGCUGGGCAAGCGCGGCAAUCUUGGCCUGAUCGAGUUACGCAGUCAUGUGUAGGCAGAUACAGAAUCGACUUUUUGCUUUCUGCUGAAUUUGAGUUCUGCGCCUCGUUGAG